AUGAUUUCAGAUACGGGUGUGAUGAGUGGAGCCAUGAUAUUCAUAAAGGAUGAUCUCAAAAUCAGCGACACUCAACAAGAAGUUCUCGCAGGAAUCUUAAACCUAUGUGCACUUGUGGGAUCCUUAACUGCUGGAAGAAUCUCAGAUUACAUUGGUCGACGCUACACAAUCGUCAUAGCCUCUCUCCUUUUCAUGGUUGGUUCGGUUCUCAUGGGCUACGGUCCAAACUACGUAAUUUUAAUGGUUGGAAGAUGUGUUGCUGGUGUUGGCGUCGGCUUUGCUCUUCUAAUAGCACCAAUAUAUUCCGCAGAAAUAUCCUCUGCAAAAUCAAGAGGCUUUCUCACCUCCUUACCAGAGCUUUGCAUUGGAAUUGGAAUUUUACUUGGUUACAUUGCAAACUACUUCUUGGGAAAAUUGACAUUGAAGCUUGGAUGGAGAUUGAUGCUUGGUCUUGCUGCAGUUCCUUCACUUGCUUUGGCUCUGGGAAUUUUGGCAUUGCCAGAGUCUCCAAGGUGGUUGGUGAUGCAAGGGAAAUUGGGAAAAGCAAAGAAAGUGUUGUUGCAAGUUUCAAAUACAGAACAAGAGGCUGAACUUCGCUUCAAGGAUAUUAAAAUCGCUGCUGGGAUUAACGAGAGUUCCACAGAGGAAAUGGUUAUGAAGCUCGCUGGAAAAAACCAUGGUGAAGGUGUUUGGAAAGACUUGUUUCUAAGGCCUUCUAGUUCUGUUCGUUGGAUCCUUAUUGCAGCGGUUGGGAUUCAUUUUUUCGAGCACGCAACUGGAAUUGAAGCUGUGAUGUUAUAUAGCCCAAGAAUCUUUAAAAAAGCUGGUGUUACCACCAAGGACAAGCUCUUGCUCACAACAAUUGGAGUAGGCGUUACCAAAAUCACUUUUCUGAUCAUAGCAUCAUUUUUGCUUGACAAAGUUGGAAGGAGGCGCCUCUUACUUGUGAGCACAGGAGGAAUGGUAUGUAGCCUUACAGUGUUGGGAUUUAGCUUGACCAUGGUGGAUAGUUCUCAGGAAAAGCUAUAUUGGGCGUUGGCACUCAGCAUAAUGGCGACUUACAUUUUUGUUGCGUUUUUUAACAUUGGGCUUGGGCCUGUCACGUGGGUUUAUAGUUCAGAGAUUUUUCCUUUGAAGCUGAGAGCACAAGGGGCGAGUAUAGGAGUUGCGGUGAACAGGGUCAUGAAUGCUAUUGUUUCUAUGAGUUUUAUUUCAAUCUACAAAGCAAUCACCAUAGGAGGGAGUUUUUUCAUGUUUGCUGGUAUUUCUAUAUUAGCUUGGUUAUUCUUUUACUUCUUCCUACCUGAAACCAAGGGUAAGGCCUUGGAAGAGAUGGAGAUGGUUUUCAGCAAAAACUAUAAUAAAAAUGUAACCACAGAAACUGAUCUGAGACAGAAUGCAUAGUAUGUGUUUAUUUUGGCUGAACUUGGUGUAAAGCCUUAGAAGGGAAGAGAACUUUUGACAUCAUGUAAAUU